GCUCAUCUGAUUGUCUGUACAUAUACUUUAUUAAUAAUGCGUUAACUGCGUUUGGUAUUUUAAAUCAAAAGCUCGGUGGGCAGGAACACUGCGUGAUCAGAUGACUUAUUUAGUAAGCUAUGGGUAACACAGCAACUUUUUAAUUACAUGGGCGUGGAUGAGGACCACAGACGGGGGGACUGUCUCGUUUUAUAAAACCAUGAAGGUCUGCAGAUGUGCUGAGGAAAAACUUGCCUCUCCAUCACUCUACUUCCGCAUCAAACAUGCUUUUAACGCUCAACAUGUCCCGCUGAGCGCAACACUGAAGUAAAUGCUGUUUGAAUCGUUUUGCAUGUUUUCAACAUUAACCUCACAGAAACGUCUGAGUGGGACGCAGCAGCAGACUGCAGAGAUCAUAUGGAAGGGAAACUGGACAUGGAUGAUGUUUCUCUAACCCGUCAUGAGCAUCAACGGGGUUCGAGGAAGUCCUUCCACGGCAGACCCAAACUCACUGGCAGUCCCAAACUGGACAAAAAAGACAGAAAGCAAGAAAGUGGGUUUUGGAUAUUUAAAAAGAAACGACAAAAUGGUUUGGACCGAGCGUUGUCUUCGUCUCAACCCAAUCUGCACAGUGUGGCAGCCGCUUCGGAUGGUGGUGAGAGCGGGAGGAUGCGCCGCCGCCUGCCGGAGCAGAGUGUCGGUACGGCGGCCCCAGCAGCAGCGUCGCUCGGUGCGGAGAUCCAGAUGCCCAAAAGAACAGUCAGCUCCAAACCGACACUCUCCGAUUUGGUGCAGUCCCCACAUAAACCUGCUAUGCAGUGGUCCACAUGCACCGAUGAUGCUGUGAUGAAUGGUAACGAGGAUAAGAUCAAUAAAAGUGUGGGCAUUAAUGCAGCUGGUAACGGUGGAGCACAGCCUUCACUGCCAACUUCAGCAAUGUACCAGUUAGACAUCGUGCUGAAAAGAGGAAACAACCUUGCCAUUCGAGACAGAGGCGGAACAAGUGACCCAUAUGUGAAGUUCAAAAUUGCUGGCAAAGAAGUUUUCCGCAGUAAAAUCGUCCACAAGAACCUGAACCCAGUUUGGGAUGAACGUGUUUGUCUGAUAGUGGACAAUUUACAAGAGCCUCUGUAUUUUAAGGUGUUUGACUAUGAUUUUGGCCUUCAAGAUGAUUUUAUGGGCUCAGCUUACCUGUACCUUGAUUCUCUGGAGCUCCAGAGACCUCUUGAUGUUCGGUUGGACCUUCAGGAUCCUCACUGCCCCGGUCAGGACCUGGGCUCUCUGGAGCUGGUGGUCACUCUGUUCCCAAGAAGCACAGAGGACCGAGAGGCCCUGCGACAAGCGCAGCAGCAGCAGAGUCUUCAGCUGUCGGACCUGCACAGAAAGUCUCAGCUGUGGAGGGGCAUUGUGAGCAUCAGACUCAUCGAGGGUCGCAACCUCAUCCCCAUGGACCAGAACGGUCUGAGCGACCCAUACGUCAAGUUCAAACUAGGCCCUCAGAAGUACAAGAGUAAGACAAUCCCCAAAACCCUUAACCCUCAGUGGAGGCAGCAGUUCGACUUGCAUCUGUAUGACGAGGAGGGAGGAAUUCUGGAGAUCUCCGUUUGGGAUAAAGACAUUGGAAGGAGAGAUGACUUUAUUGGCCAGUGUCAGCUGGACCUGUCAAAGUUGAGCAGAGAGAAGACCCAUGAGCUGGAACUUGAGCUGGAGGAGGAUAAAGGGACACUGGUACUCCUGGUGACUCUGACCGCCACAGUCACGGUGUCCAUCUCUGACCUGUCUGUCAACCUACUGGACGACCCAGACGAACGCCAGCAGAUCAUUAAGAGAUAUAGUCCACUGAGGUCGUUCCUUAACCUGAAGGAUGUCGGAGUCGUGCAGGUGAAGAUCCUGCGGGCCGAGGAGCUGAUGGCUGCUGAUGUCACAGGAAAGAGCGACCCGUUCUGCAUUGCAGAGUUGUGUAACGAGCGUCUGCAGACACACACGGUCUACAAGACACUGAAUCCUGAGUGGAAUAAAGUCUUCACCUUUAACGUGAAAGACAUUCACUCAGUGCUGGAGAUCUCCGUGUACGACGAGGACAGAGACCGCAGUGCUGAUUUCCUGGGUAAAGUGGCCAUCCCGUUAUUAAACAUCCGCAACAGUGAACAGAAGGCCUACGUCUUAAAAAACAAGGAGCUGACAAGGCCAACAAAGGGGGUCAUCUUUCUCGAAGCAGACGUCAUCUUCAACGCCGUGAAAGCCAGUUUGCGGACGUUCGUUCCACCAGAACAGAAGUACAUCGAAGAGGAGUCCAAAGUCUCUAAACAGAUGCUGCAGCAGAAUUUUAACCGAGUGAAGCGCUGCGUCCUCUUCCUCAUUAACGUGGGCUCCUACAUCAACAGCUGUUUUCAAUGGGAGUCCCCCCGCAGGAGUUUAUGUGCUUUCUUGAUCUUUGUGGUGGUGGUUUGGAAUUUUGAGAUCUACAUGGUUCCAUUGUCCCUGCUGCUGUUACUGAGCUGGAAUUACUUCCGGCUGGCCUCGGGGAAGGAGUCGCACGAGGGGAGCGUGGAAGCGAUGGAGGACCUUCUCGAGGAUGUGGAUGAAGAAUAUGACAAAGAUGACAAGGACUCUGAGAGAAAGGGCUUCUUGGACAAAUUCUACGCAGUUCAAGAUGUGAUCUUAACGGUUCAAAAUGCUCUGGAUGAAGUGGCCUGCUUUGGGGAAAGAGUGAAGAACACGUUUAACUGGUCUGUGCCUUUUCUGAGCUGGUUAGCCAUAACGGUUCUAUGUGCCGGUGCCACACUAAUAUACUUUAUUCCACUACGAUACAUUGUGCUGGUCUGGGGUAUCAAUAAAUUCACCAAAAAACUUCGGAACCCCUACAACAUUGAGAACAACGAGCUGCUGGACUUCCUGUCUAGAGUUCCAUCAGAUAUCCAGCUGAUUCAAUACAAAGAGCUCAAACCGGAGACUUCUGCAAGUCCAAGCAAGAAAAGGAAGAACAACCCCGGAUAGAUGCUGAACUGGGACUUUACGUUUCUGAAUCAACAGCCUCCAAAGCACUGUUCACGUACAAUACACUGUGAGAGUUGCAAAUCUUUAAAAGGAGAUAUAUUUCUAUUAUUAUUUAUGCAAAUUUGCACAACUAUAAUAGCUCAAAACCUACUUUUUCAUGUAAUAUAUUUUGUAUUAUAUACACAUAUAUAUACAAUGAACCUUUUUAUUUAAAGAGAAAAAUGCUGCAAGCCGGAUUCAAACUUGUGUCGCCCAUAAGAGCACCAUAGCUCAAAAAACAUGUGCCUACCACUUGGUCGCAGCUACAGCAAAUUAGACUUUUUAAAUGUUGAGUCUAUAUAAUGUGGCUUCUGGUGCAAAAGUAUCAGCCUGAAAAUGUUAUUUUGCAAAUGUCUGCACAGUUAAGUGUUAUAAAUGCAACAGUCUUUUUUGAAAACACCCAAAGACUUUACAGUGAACUUUACACAUUGAGAUUGCUCUAUAAUAUAAUUUUCCUUGGAUAACUUUCAAUCCACAAGCACAGGGAGAAACUGCACGCUGUGCAUUUAAAUGGAAAGAAUGUACACGUGCAUAUGAAAAGUAACUGUAAAUAUACAUGUUGUUCUAAGUAUAAAUGUUGUUCUUUAUCCAUGACAGAUGUCAUAUGCUGAUCACUGUUCAUAUGCUAUGAUGAAAUUGUAUUUUAUUGUAAUAUUUGUACAUUGUUUUGCUUGUUAAUGAUUUGUCAAUGAGCAAGUAACUGUUAAGCAUAUAUACUCAAGCAGAUCAAUUAUUAUUAUUAGAAAGAAUUAUUUGUGAACAUGUAAAGAAAAAAAAGGCAUCUUCAUACAGGGCUGAAACCAACUAAUGAAAAUCUCUCUUUGUGAACUUUCGGAUAUUUAUUUUCAAAAACUAUGAAAUAAUACACCUUUUUCUGAAUGUU